AUGGCUAUGAACAUCACAAAGGGUACCAGAGCUCUUGGAGCUCUGAGGCCUCUGGCAGCUCGUUCUGCCCUCAAUGCGCGCCAGUAUUCAACUUCCGAACCGGACCUCAAGACCACACUAAAGAGCGUCAUUCCCGCCAAGCGGGAACUUCUGAAGAAGGUCAAGGCACACUCGUCCAAGGUCAUUGGGGAGGUCAAGGUCGAGAAUACUCUUGGUGGCAUGCGAGGCCUCAAGGCCAUGGUUUGGGAGGGAUCUGUCUUGGAUGCGAAUGAGGGCAUUCGGUUUCACGGCAGAACCAUCAAGGAUUGUCAAAAAGAGCUCCCCAAGGGAAAGACUGGAACAGAAAUGUUGCCCGAGGCCAUGUUCUGGCUUCUUCUUACAGGCCAGGUCCCGUCCACAAGCCAGGUUCGCCAAUUCUCCCGCGAAUUGGCUGAGCAAGCUCAGUUGCCCGCCUUUGUCAACAAGCUUCUCGACGAUUUCCCCACAGACCUGCAUCCAAUGACCCAAUUUGCCAUUGCCGUCUCUGCUCUCAACUACACCUCCAAGUUUGCAAAGGCCUACGAGCAGGGUAUCAACAAGGCUGACUACUGGGAGCCUACUUUCGACGACUCCAUCUCGCUGCUGGCCAAGCUGCCCACGAUCGCUGCCAAGAUCUACCAGAACUCCUACCGUGGCGGCGGCGCUCUGCCCGCAGAAGUAGACCUGGAGCAGGAUUGGUCUUACAACUUUGCUGCCAUGCUUGGGAAGGGUGGCAAGGCGAAUGAGAACUUCCAAGAUCUCCUCAGACUGUAUCUCGCGCUCCACGGGGACCAUGAGGGCGGUAACGUUUCCGCCCACGCCACUCACCUAGUUGGCAGCGCCCUUAGCGAUCCUUUCCUAAGCUACAGCGCUGGUCUUCAAGGUCUCGCGGGUCCCCUUCAUGGACUUGCCGCGCAAGAGGUUCUUCGGUGGAUUCUACAGAUGAAGGACAACAUUCCCUCGUCUUACUCUGACAAAGACGUCACAGAUUACCUGUGGUCCACCCUCAACUCCGGCAGAGUUGUCCCUGGCUACGGCCACGCUGUCCUGCGGAAACCCGACCCUCGGUUCGAGGCUCUGAUGGAUUAUGCCGCCGCUCGACCUGAGAUCGCACAAGACCCCGUCUUCCAACUGGUGGAAAAGAACAGUCGAAUUGCCCCCGAAGUGCUCAAGAAGCACGGCAAGACCAAGAACCCUUACCCCAACGUCGACUCAAGCUCUGGAGUCCUCUUCCAUCACUAUGGCUUCCACGAGACUCUGUACUACACCGCCACCUUUGGUGUCUCCCGUGGCUUGGGACCCCUUGCUCAAUUGAUCUGGGACCGAGCAUUGGGACUGCCCAUUGAGCGGCCCAAGAGCAUUAACCUGGAAGGUCUUCUUAAGCAAGCUGAGAGCUCGUGA